AUGCAAUCCAACUGUUGCCUCAUCGAAGACGCUCGAAGCAAACGAUACUGAAUGACUAAUGACUGUUGACACCAACUUAUCAACAACUGGACACUCAUAUGCGCAACAAUUAAACCCACGUGACCAACACCCAAGCGAUCCAUGUCCGAGCUGGGUGGCCUUCGACUCACCCGUAGUGAACGCCUCAUCGUGAUCGCCUUGAGCUACUUGUUCUGCGCUCCACACAUCUACAGAAGAGGCAGGGCGUUGGUGCAAUAUCUGUCUGGAGUGUAUAGAGAGGCACGACUGCGUGAGAGCCAGCGGAGGGCGCAGGCAGCCGCGUAGCAGCGAUGUCCACGAGCAGUAUUUUUGUGGUCGAUUCCACGGCACGGCGAACGCAGGUCAAAGUCACGCCUGGCAAAUACCUGCGAGAAGUGCUGGAGGAGGCGUGUAGAAGCAGGAAGCUUAACCCGGAAGGCUACACUCUCAGGACACAGAACAACAAGACAUUGGACCUUUCGCAGCCAUUUCGCUUGUCCGGCCUGUCAGCAGGUGCUAAGCUCCAACUCGUACAAGCAAGCCGGUCACCGAGUGUGGUGAGCGUGGCCCUACAAUUACCAGAGAGCGAAGGUGGCGGCAGAAUAGAAGACAAGUUUCCCAGCACAACCUCCUUGUGGCUAUUGUUGCGGAAGUUCGAAGAUGGUGUGGCCGGAUCAGCAAGAAAGCUCAACAUCACUCAGCGAGGCGUGCCUUCCGGAAGCACAGGAGCUGGGCGGUUGCUCUACGAGCAGCCAUGCCUAAACAUUAUGGGCCGGACUAUGGAAAGCUUUGUAAACCUCCAGAAGACACUUGCGCAACUAGGAUAUAACAGCGGGAGUGUACUAGUACGACUGACUUUCGCAAAGACUGAACAGCCGCUUGAAGAGGCCAUGCAGGAGAUCACAACGUAUUUCGCAAGUAUCGAUGGUACUUCUGCAGGCACUGGCAGCGGCGCAAGCCAUUCCGUUGGCGUAGCAGACGUGCUGGCAGUUAACGGCGGCCGACCUAAUGCGGAGGCGGACAAUGCUGCAGCACUACCAGAGGCGCCAGGUCCAGAGCGGAACGAGGACGUUCCGAUUGUCGAUGGGCCGACAGCGCCAACCAUAGAAAACGACGUGCUAGCAUCUUCCACCAUCACAGAUCCGGACACAUCAACGACGGAGCCUUCAACGGAGUCAGCGAGCACGAUGAACGGCAUAUCUGUCUACCGGCCACCCUCCUCCUCAACCCCAGCUGCGGCGCUUGCACCAGAUGAUCCUUCGGUCUUUGAGCCACACAUCGAACACGCCAAGGCACAUCAAGCUGCGCUUGAACGCGCAGGGAGGAACACUCGUCUACUUUCUGACCGUGAACUCGCUGAACAAGAAGCUGAGCGGCAAGAAAAGCUAGCCACAGUUCAGAGCGUGCGCAUCCGAGUGCGCUACCCGGACCAAUACUCCCUCGUUAUCACCAUGACUAACACUGAUACGGCCGCAGACUUGUACAGUAAGGUCAUGGACACUCUAACCGCAGCGCCAGAGCCCUUUGAGCUCCGCUAUCUGGGCUCUAAGGGCCAUCAGACUCUCCCUAACAGUCCUUCUCAGCGUUUAGUCAGAGAUAUGGGCUUCCGUGGUGGCGUUGUAGUGACAAUAGGCUGGUCGCCAGACGCAAGUCUCCAAGCGCGACAGGGUCCGAGUCUAAAGGCGGAGUAUCGGGCUCAGGCUCAGGAACUCAAGGUGGAUCUGGCAGAGCGGCAGGCGGAAGGUCAGGCGGCGCAUAAGGCGGCCAUGGCGAAGCCGGAGAAGGUGGAAGGAAAGAAGGAGAACAAGGCUAGAGGGGAUGUGGAAGCGAAGAUGAAGAAGUUCCUGGGAUUCGGAAAGAAAUAAGAGACAGGCGUUGGAAUGUCUGGCAGUCGGUAGGGAAGUGGUGGCAGCUACUACUGUAUUACCUUGCGAGCGGCGGCGUAACGGCAGCGUCUUCGAUCAAGCGUUGACUAGGCGUUUGAAUACUGUCAGUGUAAUAGCAUGGCUGGGUGGCACGCGUGUCGAUCAGGUUCAGCUGAGACGGACAGUUAUGUUUGAGACUAUGUCUCUCUCAUACCAACCUCCCUUUACCUUAAGUACACUUCACUCACUACCUUAAUUACACUUCACCCUCUACCUUGAGUACACUUCACCCUCUAC